GGACUUCCGACGGCACAGGUUGGACAUAAAGUGACAGACUUCACCUCCUUAAAAUUGGAAGAAAAACCGAAGGACGACGCGUUACAAGUUUUAAAACAAUUGUAAUGAUUUUCAGACAUGGACGACAUAAACCUUCAUUAUCGCUUUCUGAACUGGAGGAGGCGAAUUCGAGAAAUUCGUGAAGUGCGGGCAGUGCGAUAUCGGGAGCGGCUCAAAAGGAUGCUGAGAGACGGAGACAUACUCAGGUAUCAUGGGAAUUCAGAUGAAGUUGGCUGUUUUGUGGCAGCCAGGCCAUUGUCGAGAAGAAACCGCUAUUUUGAAGUGACCAUCAUCGAUACCGGAGUGAGGGGAAUGAUUGCUGUUGGUUUGGUGCCUCAGCUCUACAAGCUGGACCAUCAGCCGGGCUGGCUCCCACACUCUGUGGCUUUUCAUGCUGAUGAUGGCAAGCUGUAUAAUGGCAACACUGUAGGACAACAGUUUGGUCCAAAAUGCUGCAGAGGUGACAGAAUCGGCUGUGGAGUAUCUCUGGACUCCGAUGAUGGACAGCUAACUGUGUUUUUUACCAAAAAUGGCAAAGAAGUCGGCAGUGUAGAAGUCCCAGUGUCUCCUGAUGCUCUCUACCCCGCCGUGGGGAUGCACUCUCUGGGGGAAGAAGUGCUGCUGGACCUGAAUGCUGACUGGGGGAUGGAGGAAGAUGACGGACAGAUGAUUGUGGAUAGUCAUGAAGAGGACUGGGGCCGUCUGCAUGACGUCAAGGUGACCGGCACGCUGCUGGAGUACGUGGGUAAAGGGAAGAGCAUCGUUGAUGUGGGCUUGGCUCAGGCCCGUCGGGCUCUCAACACACGCUUCCACUACUAUGAGCUGGAGAUCACAGAUGCUGGAGAGAAGUGUUACAUUGCCCUGGGGCUGGCUCGCAGGGACUACCCUAAAAACAGACAUCCAGGUUGGAGCAGAGGCUCGAUAGCCUAUCAUGCAGAUGAUGGGAAGUUGUUCCAGGGCAGCGGGGUCGGGGAUGCGUUUGGACCACGAUGCUUCGAAGGGGACAUUAUGGGCUGCGGGAUCAUGUUUCCACGUGAUUACAGCAUUGAUAGCGGAGAUGAUGUAGACGACUGGGACUUUGAUGUGAUUCCCAAACCUAGUGAGGUUCAGAAUGACUUGUAUGCAAACAAUGAAGAUGAGGAAGACGAAGGAGAAGAUAUGGAUGGGAGGAAGGUCACGGUGUUCUUCACCAGAAAUGGAAAGGUGGUGGGCCGGAGAGAAGUGGCCUUACCUGUAGGAGGCUUUUACCCCACAAUUGGCAUGAUGAGCACCGGGGAGAAGGUGAGAGUUGACCUGCACCCCCUCAGCGGCUGAACAGAACGGAGGAGUGGAGAUAUCAGACUGGGACGAAUGAUUGAGCUCUGGUACAUUCUUGGAGUUCAGAUAAUACAUUAUACCUCCACAUCAACAGGCUCUAAGAUGUUACUUGAAAAGUCACUCCAGUGUAGAAGGUGACGGAGGCUCCCUCGUGCUGUAGAAAUGAUCAAAAUAAUUUAUGUUUAUAUUACAUGCGUGCCUCAAGGAAUUGCUUUAUAAUUACAUGGUUUUACAGAAAAUCGUUAAACUAGAUUUUCAUAGGUGAAACACAAUUUUUUUUGACAAUUUCUUCACACGAAGUAAAGUUUAAAAAUGACAUAAAAUGCCAAACAAAAGGGUCUCAACAGAAUGUAAAAAAUCUAAUCUGAGCAAACAAGUGGACCGUCAGUCUCUGUCAGCAGAUAUGUAGAGCCACACUGAGAGGUCUGCUGAGCUUCUUAUUGAUGGUGUGUUACUGACACUCAGUGGUGAGAGUGAUAGUCUGAAAAAUAAUACACAGAAAGUCUUCCAAAAAAAAAGAGAAAAAAAGCUGUGCACUGUAUAAACAGUGAGUUUCCUGUGUGAAGCAGAGUCAGUAAAAUUAGCUGCUUUACGAGUGUGGUUCUGACACGGAGCCAUUACAGCAUGUUUUAUGAAACCCACAUGCAUUAGGAAUUAUGGGAUAAUCAAAUGCAAGAACAAAUUAAGAGUUAGCAGUUUUAAAAAGCAAAUUUCCAAAUUAAGGUUUGUUUUUAUAUCAUGGCUAGGUGUUUCCUUUUAAUCAGGUUUAAUUUUAACCUAAUUGUAGACAAUUUACUGUCUUUAAAAUACAUAUGCGGGUCAUAAUCACUACAAAGUCUUUGUGAAAAACAUUUAGCUAAAGUUGUGACUGUUGAACCAAAAUCAUGUCGAAAAAAAGGACCCCAAACAGACUUAUUUUUGUUUUUGUAAUAAAACUUUGAAUGUGUUUUUCCAGUAUUCAGACAUUUGGUGUCCAUGUGAUUUUACAUACAUGUGAGCAUGUAACUCACAGUUUGCCUUACACACACACAGAAAUAAGGAAAAUUCCUGGUCUCAAUAUUUAAGUUAACAAAAGCAAUGCCAAACUCAGUGGGGCCUUUUUGAUACCACUGAACUUGCAGAAAUAAAGACACAUUUGAAGUGAUUAUAUGGAAUGUAUUUUUCUGUGGAUCAUGUGGCAUCUUGAAUAAUAUGGACACUAAAUGUCUAAAAAUGGGGGAAAAACGUGAAAAACAACUCUGUUGAGUAUUAAACCCUGUCAGGAUGAGAAUAAUUAAGGACUAAGCAUGGCAUAGUAGUACAUUUUCUACAAGUUCAACAUUUUAUUUUCUUUAAAAAGUUCUGAAUGUUGAAAAUUAAGCCAUACUGUAACUAACAUUUGCUGCUCUCAGGUAUAUUUGAAAAUUGAAAUUCAGUACCAUGUCUUUUCUAUGGUUAUUUUGUGAUUUUGCUGUAUGUUUUUUUUUUUCAGUUGUUCUUCUACCAAUGAAAUUGAAGACUGUUAAAUAGAGGACUUUGACUGUUUGACUCUUAAGUUGGUGGUAAAGAAUUGUUUUCUCUUCGUGACACCAAAUUUUACACACAACACCUACAAAAUUACAGAAAUUGCAGAGAUGAAGCACGAGACACAACAGGUUUCUCUGCAGAUUUCUGUGUUGCAGGUUAUGAAUUAUUCAUAACAAAUAUAUCAAUAGGCUCUUAAUAGUAAGUGCAACUUUUAGAGGAUUUACUUACUGUACAUAAUUAUUAUUUGUUAAAUCUGACAUUAAAGGCAUACUAUGCAGGAAUUGUAGCCUACUGUUUUGGAAACACAACAUUAAAACCUGGCUCCUAGAUUCACUCUUGUUUUGGAACAAGCUUUGUAAACCUUGCAUUUCGCCUCGCUAUAUUUGCGUGUUUUCAGCGAUGUAUCUGCUGCUGUUAUAGCUUUGUGCACAGAGGGUGACACCCAGAAACGUCCUGAACACAAAAUGUAAAGAAAAGAGAAAGAACAGGCAGAGGACAGGGUCUCUGCAGACACACUGCACACUUCUCGUGCGCAUUAUUAAUGAAAGAGAGGGAUAAGCCUAUUUUGUAUGAGUCUAUACUUUGUUUUUAAAGGAAAAUCCUGCAUAGUGUAGCUUCUAAGAGCGUCUUCAGGAUUUACAACCAGACUCCUUUCAAACAUUUGACCUAAUGAGCAAAGUGCCUGUGUGAGUAGGUCCAGUCUGGACCCUUACUGAAUAAUCCAUGUAGGUGAACAUUGGUUCGUGCUGACUCUUAAGUUUGUGAAACCACAUUCACACUGAAAAACCUCCUUCUACACAUCAUCCUAACGGUGCCACACGUCUGUGAACUCUGCAGGUUGCUGAAAAGAUGUUAGAACACCCUAUUGGAUCCAUGUUGGACCCCAAAUUUUGCUGUUAUAAUAAUUUGAAUAGGGAUUAAUAUUGUCCAUAAAAUGUCCCCCCGGUCAGCAGAAAAGACUGGUGUUCAUGUGAUGCUCAGCUGCUGCUAAUUUUGUGCUGAGGAAACACUUUGCACAUCAUCAUAUCAGCCUGUACUGUAGACAGGGUGUACUCAUGUUUGGUUUGACUGCCACACAUGUUUAAGAUUUAGCCCUACUUUAUCUUCUGUGUUGUUAUAAAUGAAGGAAGUUUAACAAUCUCUGAAUCCAGCCCUUGUGUAAAUCCUGUCAUGUAUGUUUUUAUUUUAUCGACUUUUCUCGUUUCCUCUGUCUCUUUUCACUUAAAGCAAUCAG